GAAUACUUUCAGCUCGUUCAAUUCAACAUUUCAAGUUUAUAGCUUCUACUGAAUCUGAAUGUUUCUAUAAUUAAUAAUUAUAUUGUUGAUAUAAAUAUUAAAAAAAUUAUAUUUGUUGUUAAAGUUGAUUUAACUUUAAAAUGUCAUCUAUUAAUCCAGUUGAUCCUGUCAGGGAAAAAAUUUUACAAGAAAAUCGCAAGAAACUUAUUGAACACAAAGAAAUUGCUAGCCGUCUUAAAGGAAUGCGAGAACAAGCCAAAGAGCUUACUAAACAGUAUGACAAGUCUGAAAAUGAUUUAAAAGCUUUACAAAGUGUUGGCCAGAUUGUUGGUGAAGUACUAAAGCAACUAACUGAAGACAAAUUUAUAGUAAAAGCUACAAAUGGCCCGCGCUAUGUAGUUGGAUGUCGACGUCAAUUAGAUAAAGCAAAACUUAAAGCUGGUACUCGAGUAGCAUUGGAUAUGACUACACUGACUGUAAUGCGUUACUUACCACGUGAAGUGGAUCCACUGGUAUAUAAAAUGUCCCAUGAAGAUCCAGGAGAAGUCACAUACUCGGCUAUAGGUGGAUUGUCUGAACAAAUUCGUGAACUCCGAGAAGUUAUUGAACUGCCAUUGCUAAAUCCUGAGUUGUUUCAACGUGUUGGUAUAACUCCACCAAAAGGAUGUUUACUAUAUGGUCCUCCAGGCACAGGAAAAACAUUAUUGGCUAGGGCUGUUGCUAGCCAACUGGAUGCCAACUUUUUAAAGGUAGUGUCUAGUGCUAUUGUAGACAAAUAUAUUGGAGAAAGUGCUCGUCUUAUUCGAGAAAUGUUUAAUUAUGCUAGAGAUCAUCAACCGUGCAUUAUUUUUAUGGACGAAAUUGAUGCAAUUGGUGGACGACGAUUUUCUGAAGGUACUUCAGCUGAUCGUGAAAUCCAAAGAACAUUAAUGGAGCUUUUAAAUCAAAUGGAUGGUUUUGAUUCUUUGGGUCAAGUUAAAAUGAUAAUGGCUACCAACAGACCAGAUACACUGGAUCCUGCUUUAUUGAGACCCGGACGUUUGGACAGAAAAAUUGAAAUUCCCUUACCUAAUGAACAAGCUCGUUUAGAUAUUUUAAAAAUACAUGCAGCCCCUAUCACUAAACAAGGAGAUAUUGACUAUGAAGCAAUUGUGAAGCUCUCUGAUAACUUUAAUGGAGCUGAUUUGCGAAAUGUUUGUACAGAAGCAGGAUUGUUUGCGAUACGAGCAGAAAAAGAUUAUGUGACUCAUGAAGAUUUUAUGAAAGCUGUCAGGAAAGUAUCAGAUAAUAAGAAUUUAGAAUCCAAACUUGAUUAUAAACCGAUAUAAUCUUAAAAAUAGUAUAAAUAUUAAUUUUUUGAUGAUAAUAUUGAUUUAAGUAACUUAAAUGAAGAAAAAAAUAUAUACAUAUAGUUCUCUUUUUAAGAGUUAAUUUAUGUCUCAACUUUA